AUGCCGCCGUCCCUGGGGUCCUUCGAAGCCUUCUUCCUCGGAGGAAAGAGCAUCCAAGAUUUGCAACGCAUUCACUCGCAGCUGCUUAUGAUGAUCGCCCGGAAGCACGGCCUGGGCUGUGCCAUGAGCAUUGUGGGUGCCAGCCUUCAAUGGCUGUCGACCAUGGACGAGCGUGAGCCGAACCCCUCGGUGCUCCUACGAAGCCCACCCCACGCGCCUCCACGGAACGCGACGCCCAAAGAACGCUGGAUCGAGGCGGUACGGAAGGCUUCAGCCCGCCCAGACCCCUGGGCCCACCGCUUGUCCCAGCUGCCCCUGGAGCGCGGCAAGCGCCGCCGCUGGGAAGCCAAGAGCGGCAGCUGGCGAAGCGAGGAGCUGCUGGUGCGCUUGGAAAGUGAGCCCUUUGCCAAGGGUGCCAUGCGCAUUUGCCACAGGGCAGUGAGCAUGGACCGCCGCAACUGGGUAGCCAAGCGCUACGAUAGCGAUCCCGAUGUCUCAGCCCUGGAAAGUGAUGUGAUGAUGCAGAUGAUUGCCAAGGACUACGCGGAGCGCUUCAAUGCCUGUGGUCCGCCGAAGAAGGUGGACUUCAUCGAGGCCUCGGUCUUGCAGCUGCCCGAGCGGCCCGAAGGUCUGCGCGACUUCGCGGUGGAGGCCUAUUUGGAUGGGAACUUCACGAAGCAUUCCAGCAACUCCGGCUUCGUCGCCGACGACGUGGUGCGGAAUACGCCUCAUGCUUUCUCUCACUUCACCUUCGAAGCUUCUGGUGCCGAGCAAAUCGUGGUGGACAUACAAGGGGUCGAUGACCUCUACACGGAUCCUCAAAUCCACACGGCCAGCGGAAGCAGCGGGCCGCGCUUUGGACGGGGGAACAUGGGGCUUCGGGGGAUGGCGCUCUUUUUCGCCAGCCACCGUUGCAACAGCCUUUGCCACCAACUGGGCCUCACCCCCUUUGCGCACUCGCCCAUGCCGGGUGACGGAGCUGCCACCCAAUACAGGCCGAUGAACGGGAGCCCCAACGAGAGCCCUCGUGAGGAGGUGGUCUUCGACGGGUCGUUAGUGCCUGCGAAGAGUUCGGUACCACACAGUUCCACCGUAUCCUCACCGAUGUAUGCCAAGGUGCACUUCGCCCUGGCCAUGCUCCACGCGCGGCACGUCCAGGCGAACGCGGAGUUCAUCGGCCACAACGUGCUGACGAGCCCAGCACAAGGGCUCUUCCAUCUACAGACCUCGGCGGAGCUCGGCCACGUCCAAGGUGCCUUGUCAUUGGCCUGUUUGCAUUUGAAUCGGCGGCCCCGCAAGGGUGUGCUGCAAGCCUUGGGUAGCUCUCUCCAACGGCCCUUGAGCCUGGAUGAAGCCGCAGCCUUUCCGUACAUCCUCCAGGCAGCGGAGCACGGGGUCGCCCGUGCCAUGUGCUCGGCGGCCUUCUGCUACCAGCGGGGCUACGGCUGCGCGGUCUCCGCCACAAGCGCGGUGCAUUGGUACCGUCAGUCGCUGUCGGCGCGGAGCGAGGAGGAUGACAGCGAGGAAGAGAGGGAAGCCGAGCGAUUGCCAGGUGGUGGCAUGGAGGAGCAUGAGAUUUUACAAGCACUGGCCAGCUUGUACGAGGGCGCACCCGGCUUAGCGCCCAACCCGCGCUUGGCCUGGCAAUUCCAGCUCUUGGCCAAGAGCAGCGCCAAGAAGCAGGAAGAGAGCGAGAACUCUGAGAACCCUGAGGUCAGUCGCUGUCGGCGCGGAACGAGGAGGAUGACAGCGAGGAAGCAAGGGAAGCCGAGCGAUUGCCAGAUAGGUGGUGGUAUGGAGGAGCAUGACAUUUUACAAGCACUGGCCAGCUUGUACGAGGGCGCACCCGGCUUAGCGCCCAACCCGCGCUUGGCCUGGCAAUUCUAG